AUGAGCUAUAAAUCAUUCUCAAGUUCAAAGAAGACAAAGCACAAGAGUGACAAUGCUACAACAGUACCGAUAAGCAACUUCUUUAGAACUCAAUCAUCAAAGAAUAGAGAUGAUGAGGAGGAGGAGAUUGAAGACCCAGACUUUGUAAGCUUCGCUUCAUCAUCCUCCUCAUCAUCCUCCAAGAAGUCAUCAUCUUCAGGCUCAGUAAAAGGCUCGUCUUCGUCUUCAUCAUCUUCAUCAUCGUCGUCAUCAAAGAGUUCAUUGUUAGCAGAUGAUCGCAGUAGUAGCAACAAGAAGAAGAUGAUGUUCAGCAGCAGUAGCAGUAGCGGUAGCAGUAGCAGUAGCAGUAGCAGUAGUAGUAGCAACAAGACAGGUGGUUCAACAUCACUGAGGGGAGGAUUGUCACGUGACAAUAAGUCACCACCUGUAUCUCCUGUCCUCAACAAUAGCGCUUCAUUAUCAUCAUCAUCCAAUGCGUCAAAAACAGCAACAAAGUUUGUUGCACCAGCCCUGUCAACAUCAUCAGAGGAUACCAAGUUUGAGUGCAUCUAUGCCACCCUAGAGGACUGUCCCGAACGACACUCUGAGAGCCAUCUCAGCGAGUACUCACACAAGGAUGACUUCAAGUUGUCUAGCAUCAGCGUCACAAGUAGCAACAGCAGUAUCAACAGCACGAGCAGCAGUAGUAUUAAGAAGAUCGACAUAGUCAGCAGCAUCAGCAGUAGUACACCAACAACAAGAAGAAAGACACAACAAAGCACGCCAAUAUCUUCAACCCCUCCAUCACAGCCAACACCUUCGUCGUUGCCUGAGGUGGAAGUGGUGUUGACCAAACUACCAGAGUUCAGAAAGAGGAAGCAGCCAGGCGAUGAGUCACAACCAACGCCAACAACACCGCCAUUGACACCAACACCAACACUGACACCACAGCAACAGCCAGAAGAUAUCGAAGAGGAUGAUCCAUUGGUGAUCAAAAAGCAACUACCGCGGUCCAAGUUUGCAAGGAAAGACAACGACACAUCAAUUGGCAAGUCAGUCAUCACUGGUAUCUCUGCAUCCACAGUCUCCUUGUCAUCACUUUCGACACAUGGCAAACCAAUUGUUAUCAAUGGUCACUCAAGUAGUAGUAGUAUUGGUGUUGGCGGACACCAAUCACGUGAUCAAUCCCCAUCUACAACAACAACAUCCACGAUAAAGAUUCAACAUGGAAACGACUUCAUUGACGAUAUAUUCAACGUUGACAGUUAUUCGACCACCAAGACAACGGACAACAACAACAACAACAACAACAACAACAACAAUAACAACAACAGGUCAGCCAAGACAAAGGACGUCCGACCUUGGAUCGAAAAGCACGAGCCCAAGACUGAGGAGGAUAUCAGAUUGGUCAUCCAUCGCAACAAAGUGGAUGAGGUCAAGAACUGGUUCCAAGAUCGUUGCAAAGAGAUAUCGAACAGCACACUCAUCACUCAAAAGAUGUUGAUAAUGACAGGACCGACCGGAGCAGGUAAGACAGCCCUGAUCAAGGUAAUGGCCAACAUCUUCUCUUUUCAGAUUGAAGAGUGGAUCAAUCCCGUGAUGGAUGUGAUCAAGAACCAAGACGACAAGGUCAGGAGUAACUACACGCCACAGUUUGAGACCUUUAAGAACUGGCUAAAGUCAAACGAAAGAUGCGAUUUGUUUGGAGCGACAACAGGCAAGAAGAAGCUACUCUUAAUUGAGGAGUUACCGAAUAUCCAGCCACAUGUUCUCGAUGAGUUUAGACAAUCAUUCCGAAUGUUUCUCAAACGUACCAUCUAUCCACUUAUCUUUAUCUACUCUGACAGCUUUGCUGGCAACUCUGGACUCAAUCAACUACUUGAUUAUCAACUGCAAAACAAUGUACAUACAAAGCAGAUUGCAUUCAACGCUGUUGCCCCUGUUACAAUGUUUAAGUACUUGAAGGAAAUGACAAUCAAAGAGGGAUACAAGGUGGAGGACGACAUUGUGGAAUCGAUUCGAUUGGAGAGUGGAGGUGAUAUUCGUGCCGCGAUCAACUCUCUCGAGUUUCACUGUGUUGGAAAGAAUAGAGAGGUCAUUGUCAAGCCAAAGAAGGCCACAAAGAAGAGUGCCUCCGAUUCCAAGUCAGCAGCCGACAAGUCCAAGAACAGGGAGCACUCUCUAUCCCUGUUCCACUCACUAGGCAAAAUACUCUACAACAAGCGAAUUGCCACAGGAAACAACAACAAAAACCUAUGGUACAAGGAAAAGUACAAUCGAGCACCUUUGGAGAACAUACCUGAGGAGGUGUUUGAACACUCUCAUGUGGAUGGCAGCAUGUUUAUAUCAUUCCUUCACGAGAACUUCUUGUCAUUCUACGUGGACAUUGACGAGGUCAGCGACACGAUGCAGUAUCUGAGCGACGCCGACAUCAUCUCCACCUCAAAGUCACACAUCACAUUCGACACGGCCAAUCCCCAGGCCAUGUCAGUUUCACUGCGAGGAUUCACCUAUUCUCACAACACACCGGCCUCUCGCCAGUACUUCCAGUUUGUCAAGCCUCACUUCCAUCAGUCCACACAACACUGUCAGACACUGAAAGACAACCUCCGCGACUUCCUUUUCAAUCAACAGUUGAUCUCACAGCAAUACCUGGCUCAAACAUUCCAAUCACAGUCAAUUACUACAUCCAGGUCUACCUCCAACAACAACAGGUCAAGUGGCAGUAGUGGUAGUACAUCAUCGUCUGGUAGCUUGGCAGCAAUCAUUCAACCGAUGCAAUCAAUGUCAUUGUAUGAACAGUCACCAAUGUUGUCACACACUCUCCCAUUCUUGCUAUACAUCAGUCGACAACGUAAUAUCAAACAGUAUCAUGAUUUGAGCCAUCCUUACUCAACAUUCUUCAAGAGUGAGGGCAAGGCAAUGCUCGAUCGCUUGGCCAUCAAUCCCAAUGGCUACAUGGCAUUUGGUAAUUUUAGAGAGAAUCAACUCAAUGACAAGGACACUGUAAAGCAAGAGCGUAAUGAAUUGGAGACCGAUUUCAAAUCUGGUGUUGGUGGUGGAGGAUCAUCAUCAUCGUCAUCAUUCAACAACAACAAUCGAUACAAGUACAACAACAACAACAAUAGGUACAACAACAAAAACAACAAGAAUAACCAAGAUAAUGAUGAUGAUGAGGAUAGCCUACCAGGAAUAAGGAUUUUGUAUGGAAACAAUGAAGUGCUCCGAGAAGACGACAUUGAGGAAUGA